GGGAAAGUCAAAAGGAAGGAGAUUCAAAGCAUUAAAAAAAAAGAUAAAUUCCUCUUUUCUUUUCUUUUUCUCUCUCUCUUUUCGCUUUAUAUUAAUUAUUAUGUCUCCUUCUUCAUUAAAACGUGUUCAUGUUGUUGGUGCCAAUGCCAAUGGUUAUAUCACUGCUAUUUUACUUUUACUCCAAGGUUACAAAGUUACUCUAGUUGCAGAGUCAUUCCCUGGUGAUGACCUUUCUAACAAUUACGCUUCAGACGAUACUACUUCCCAAUGGCAAACCGAUACUUCACUUUCACAGGCUAGUUUAAGUUUACAACAAUACGAUAUAACAUCGUUUAACAUGUUUUGGAAACUAGCUAAAAGCAAAGCUAAAGAAGCAGGAAUCAGAGUAGGUAAUAGCUUUAAAUAUUAUCAAGAACCAACUGCAGAUCAGUCCAAUCCUUGGUGGAAACAUAUGGUACCUGGUUUUCAGAUGAUUAAUCGUCAAGAUUUACCCAAUAAUAUACAGCUUGGAUAUCAUUAUACAACUGUAAUGAUCAACCCUAAAAAAUUCCUUUGUUGGCUUCAAGUACAAUUUCUAGCGAUGGGAGGAAAACAAAGGAAAACCAAAUUGAAUAAAUUAUUGGAUGCAGUUACGGAACAAGAUCGUGUCCAGAUCCUUGUCAAUUGCAGUGACCAACUGCAAUUGGAUUCAACAGCUAGAGAUGAUUUAUUGGAAAAGGUGGAACAACAGCAAUGGAUUAUCAAGGCUAGUCAAAUACGUAAAUCAGUUCAAGUCAAAACCAAAGAAGAAGAAUUAUAUGUUUAUCCUCGUAUGGAUGGUACUGUGGUGAUUGGAUCAAAACGACGACAACAACAUCAUAAACAAGCAAACAGAAAUGCAAGAGAUAUCAUUAACAAGUUGGUAGAUUACUGUCCUGAACUGACAUGGGGAAAGGGUAUUGAUGGUUUGGAUAUCAUAGACCAACAAACAACUAUCAAAUGGAUUCGACAACAAGGUCCUCGUAUUGAAAAUCAGUUUACAGUUGCACCCUUUGGAGGAAGAAUUGCAGUAACUCACAAUUAUGGUCACGAUGGAUAUCAGUCAACCUGGGGAUCAUCAAAACGUGCUGUUCAUUUAGUGAAUGAAGCCUAUGCUACUUUGAAAAAGGACUCUGAAUCUGUAUCUGCUUUAUUAGCUCAUCUAUAGUCGAUCUCACUAUUAUUAUUAUUUAUUUAUUUAUUUUUGUAUAUAUCGUUUACACUUUUUUUUUUAUUUGAUUUUCAAUAAACAUGACUCUUCAAAUAUCUGUCUUCUUACCUUUA